UGCCUGUACCUGGCUCUCUUUGGACCCACUGCAGCUCGCCUUGUACUGGCUAGAAGUCUGACUGAGAUUUCGUACUGGCAAGUCACGGCGCUCGCGUGCUGAAGGCGAAAUUCUGGUACCUGGACCCCUGCGGGCGGAGCGGCUUGUCAUCCAGUACCCGUAGCGGAGCGCUCCAUGGCUGCCAUGCGAGUGAUCCAGUCGUACCUCACAGAGCCCCGUCUGCAAUGCCCCAUAAGCCAUGGCAAAUACGUAGUGGAUCAAUCCUCGUACGGCGUAGCUGAAUAUGGCUUGAGUACAGACUCGCCCUGGACUCGAGCUGGAUAUAUCUGUCCUGCAUAUCCCGUGCUGCAACAUGUGGUGAUGCUCCGUUUUCAUUCAUACCCUGGCCUCGACUGAAGUGCACCACACUCAGUGCUUCAGACCUCCCACCUCUUCGUCGUCAUGAGGUCCGCACCACCUGAGGUCAUGGCCACAUGGCCCAAGCCGAACUACGUCGACCCCGUCACCCGGGGGCCCGCGUUGAUGGUCGUCGAACUGACGCUGCUGCCCGUCGCCAUGAUCAUUGUCUUCUUGAGACUGUACGUCCGGAUAGGGUGGCUGAAGAAGAGCUGGUGGGACGACUACCUCAUGGUCGCUGCUAUGGUCUUUUCCAUCGGAACCACAGUGCUGGUGAUCAUGGCUACACAGAUGUACGGCUGGGAUAAGCAUGUGUGGGACCUGAAGCUCCCUGAACUAUCGACUGGAAGAAAGGCGUCCAUGGCCGGUCAGACCUUGUUUGUCCUUGCUUCAAGCACGGUCAAGAUGUCUAUCCUCGUUUCGUAUUUCCGCAUCGCACCAGAGAAGUCGCUCUUCCGUAAGCUCGUGUGGGGUACCUUCGCCCUCGUAUUCGCGGCAUUUGUUGUCUUCCUCGUGGCACUGUGGGUACAGUGCAUACCAAUUUCCAGCUAUUGGAAGCUUACUGCCGACCACCGAGACUGUAUCCCAGAAGGGCCGCCCUUGAUGGUACAGAGCACCCUAAACGUAGUCACUGACUUCAUGAUCUACACCUUACCAAUUCCGACCCUUUUCAGCCUUUCGCUACCCUGGAACCAGCGCAUCGGUCUUGUGGUCCUGUUCUCUGUUGGAGGUAUCAUCGUCGUGGCUGGCAGCUUCCGAGCGUACUGGAUCCACUACACACUAUUCGAGACAUACGAUGCCACUUGGGGGGGCUACAACAUCUGGAUCUGGACUGCCAUCGAGACUAACGUCGGCGUCAUCUGCGGCUGUAUACCUGCUCUCAAGCCACUGCUGUUCCGCACCCGUGCAAAGGCGCAAGCUUCAAAGUACGGCAAUGGCUCCGACCACAGCAGAAGAAGGGAGAAGUUCACACCCAUCGUGGAUCAAGUCGAGAUGGACAACCGCAGACCGGCACCCCAACUCGACAUCGAAUCGCGGCCUGGUACAGCAGUCCCACUGCAGUACAGCAGCCCGUUGUCUGAGCGACCGAUGAGUGGCUCAACCGACAAAAGCCGUUUCGAUAUGGACAUUGAACAACAAAAGUCUUACAUGUACUGAUCGUCAGUACUUCCAAUCUUUCUCUCUUUGGAAGGACAUUCACGUCCAGUCUUGUAGACAGUAGAGUUUCCUCAAUCGCUCCUCUCCUUGACACACCCGCUCUCAACUUCUAUUUUUUGUAAUGACUCGCAUUGGGAAUACCACGGCUGGCGGUUGUUUUCUUUCAGCG